GAAUAAUUUAAUUUUAUAUUGCUUUUCGAUAUUUUUCUUUUCUUCUAUUUGGAAAAUGGAUCAGCAAUAUAAAUGUGGAUAUUGCAAGUUUCUCAUCAAUACACAUUGCGAGGACUAUACAUCUCACGAGUGCUUCAUGGAGUUGAAUUUUGAUGUGGCCCUGCAUGAUAUUAUGAGUGACGAGAAUGGUGUUCUACAUUUGGUUGAUAAAGCUUCAAACACCAUCCUGCAGAAACUCAACAAAGAAGCUACUACAGCUUCAUGGGAAGAACUUUUGAUAAAGUUUGUUCAGGAUAGGCCCGCACUUUAUAACAUAAAGAUUCCUGUUACUGAAAGGAGCCAUUUAAAAAAAAACAAUCUCUGGGCUGAAAUCCACAACCUUUUAGAGGGGAAACACUCCCUAGAGGCAAUUAAAGCCAAGUGGAGGUACCUGCGAGACUGCUACAUGAAAGCCAGGAAAAAAAUGGGGCAGUACAAACCAAGUGGUUCAGCUGCAGGAACCAAAUUUGAUUCUGGCUUCAGAUACUAUGCCAGUAUGCAGUUUCUGAACGACUCACUCGAGAUGCCAGAAACUGUAUGUUCAGUACCAAUAAUGACGCCCAAUUUAUUUUCACCUACACCAUCCACCUCUACUAGUGAACAAGGUGAUACGGAGGCAUCUCAGGCAUCCAUUAGUUUUGUGGAAGUACCAGAGACCCCAUCUGCAAAAAAAAGAAGAGUGGAUGAAAAAAAAGAAUUCCAAAAAGGUGUUUUGGACAUUCUUACAGCACCUCCGAAAGCUUCAGAUGGAGUGGAUGGAUUUCUGAUGCGAUUGGGAGAGAGCCUUCGGCGUUUUCCGUAUAGGGAACGCAGUCGCCUUGAAAUUGACAUUAUGAAACUGGUUUUUGACAGAGAAUCAGAAUUAGAUUUAUAGGAAUUAUAAAAAUAAAGCAUGAAUAAACAUUAUGAAAUUUAUUUUUU